AUAGUUACAACAGGAAGUUCUGGGCGGCGCACGCGCAAUGCCACACAGUGACGGCAAGAAGGGGGAAAAAAAAAAAGAAAGAAAACGGGCAAGAUAGCAAAGUGUUAGCAAAAGAAAGCAAUCGUUUGCACUCAGAAAACACAGGUUUGAAAUGUUUCGGAGGAAACUGACGGCUCUAGAGUACCACAAUCCCAAUGGAUUUGACUGCACAGACGAGACACAGUUCCGGAACUGCGUUGUGUGGCUGGAGGACCAGAAGAUCCGGCACUACAAGAUAGAGGACAGAGGCAACCUGAGGAACAUCCCCAGCUCCGACUGGCCCAAGGCCUACCAGAAGUACCUGCAGGAUGUCAACUGUCCAUUCGGGGUUCAGGAGAGACAGGAGGCUGUCGACUGGUUACUGGGCCUGGCUGUGCGGUACGAAUACGGAGACAAUGUGGAGAAGUAUAAGAACUGUCAGCCGCUGGCAGCCUCCAGUAACAGUGACAAAGCAGCUGACCCUCUGGUCAACCUUGACAGUAAUUCCCCAGAUUUCAAAGCCGGAGUGACGGCUCUGGCCAACAUCCUCAAAAUUCAGCGGCACGACGACUACUUGGUUAUGCUCAAGGCCAUUCGCAUUCUGAUCCAAGAGAGACUUUCUCAGGAGGCCAUCACUAAAGCCAGCCAGAACAGAGAGGGUGUUCCAGUAGCUUUAGACAAACACAUCCUGGGUUUCGACACUGGAGAUGCGACUUUGAACGAAGCGGCUCAGGUCCUGCGCCUGCUGCACAUCGAGGAGCUGAGGGAGCUCCAGACCAAGAUCAACGAGGCCAUCGUAGCCGUUCAGGCCAUCAUAGCUGACCCCAAGACAGACCACAGGCUGGGCAAGGUCGGCAGAUGAGAGCGAGGAUGAAGAGGGAGGACCGGAGGGACUGAACCACAGGAGUUUGAAUUUGAUUUUGAGAUUUUGAGAAGAAAAGGCUUUUUGUUUGAGGUGGACAGAGAUGAGUUUGCAUUUUUUUCCGUUGUUGCAUGAGAUCACAGAUCAGAUUGGGAAUAUGGAGCAAAUAUGAGCAAAUGCUUCUCAGAGGCAGUCUUUCAUUUUUGUACAGCAAUAAGGAUAAGUUGACACCAAAACACACAAUACAGUAAUUGCUGCAUAGUUAGUGUUCAAGUACUCGUAUCCACUAAUAAGCUGAGUCAUUCAUUUCUUCGGGGACUGAGGUUGAACCUUCUGAUCAUGUCCUGGCUGCCAGAAUCUCUCCCUCAGUAGAAAAUACCAGAGAGAAGCUUCUGAUAUCUUCAAACUGACAGGUUAUAUUUGUAUCUUUUGUUUCCAGAUAAAACACGUUUUUUGCAGAUGGGAGAAAAAGGGUUAUUUUGAAAUGGUUUACACGGACGCUGUAUGGAAAAAAAAAAAUCUAUAAAUACAGCUGAGACAGA